AUGUCCUCAUCAGCUAUUCGAUCGCGUCUAGCCGCCAGAGGCAUCCGCUCCUCGCCAGCCUCCCGCGUCCACGCCGAUGCCUCCCGCACUUCCAUACCCGGAUCACGGCGGCAGGCCUCGUCCUCGGCCAACGGUUCCGUGCAAGCUGGUCGCGCAAAAGCCAUCCUGUACGGAGGAGCUCUGGCGGCCACCCUUUACGUUGGAUAUCUCUACACGACUGAUACAAGAGCAUUCGUCCACCGAUACCUUGUCCCGCCGGCACUACGAGCUCUGUUCCCCGACGCCGAAGAAGCACAUCACGCCGGGACCUCGGCAUUGAAGACGCUGUAUGGGUUGGGCCUUCACCCCCGUGAGCGAGGGAAUUCGUUGCGCACCUCGGAGCUUUGUACAUCGGUGUUUGACACCCAGUUGAGCAACCCGAUCGGGAUUUCCGCUGGUCUGGAUAAGGAUGGCGAGAUCCCAGAUGCCCUCUUCGCCUUGGGCGCCGGUGUCGUUGAGAUAGGAGGCAUCACGCCGCUUCCCCAGGCUGGCAACCCCAAGCCCCGUGUCUUCAGGAUCCCAGCUACGGACGGCAUGGUGAAUCGCUACGGGCUGAACUCUCGCGGUGCCGACGACGUGGCCAGACGACUGAGGGAUCGUCUUCGUCGAUUUGCACGAUCGCUGGGUCUUACUGAGCAGGAAGUAUUGGAUGGAGCUGCCAGCGUCCCCCCGGGCAGUUUACAAUCAGGCAGACUCCUCGCUGUUCAGAUUGCCAAGAACAAAGAGACGGACGAACGUGACGAAAAGGCCAUCGCUGACGACCAUGUCUACUGUGUUCGAAGGCUGGCUCGCUAUGCGGACGUUGUGGUCGUCAACGUAAGCAGUCCCAAUACCCCUGGGCUGCGGGAUCUCCAAGCCACCGAGCCCUUGACGAGACUCCUUUCAGCCGUGGUGGACGAGGCUGCGAAGACGAGCAGAAAAUCGCGGCCAAAGGUUAUGGUCAAGGUUUCGCCCGACGAGGACGAAGACACGCAGAUGGAGGGCAUUGUCGAGGCUGUGCGGAGAAGCGGUGUCGACGGCAUCAUUGUCGGAAACACUACCAAGAGGCGCACUGGCCUUGUUCCCGAGGGCAUCAAGCUCAAGAAUAAGGAACAGAAAGCGUUGAUGGAAACGGGUGGCUAUUCUGGACCAGCCAUGUUUGACCGCACACUGGACCUGGUUGGCCGGUACCGGAAGAUGCUCGAUGCACAGCCUGCGAGCUCGGAUAAGCAAAAGAUCCUCUUCGCUACGGGUGGAAUCACCAACGGGGAGCAGGCCCUCAAGGUCCUGAAUGCUGGUGCGAGCGUUGCCAUGGUGUACACAGGCAUGGUGUAUGGUGGAGCUGGCACUGUCACGAGAAUCAAGAGCGAAAUGAAGAACCAGUUGAAGAACUAA